AUCCUGACAGUGAUCAUCCUCUCUCAGCUGGUGGCCAGAAGGCAGAAGUCCUCCUACAACUAUCUCUUGGCGCUGGCAGCUGCUGACAUCUUGGUCCUCUUUUUCAUCGUGUUUGUGGACUUCCUAUUGGAAGACUUCAUCCUGAACAUGCAGAUGCCUCAGGUGCCAGACAAGAUCAUAGAAGUACUGGAAUUCUCUUCCAUCCACACCUCCAUUUGGAUUACUGUUCCCUUAACCAUUGACCGCUAUAUUGCCGUCUGCCACCCACUGAAGUACCACACUGUCUCCUACCCUGCCCGUACCCGGAAGGUGAUCGUAAGUGUCUACAUCACCUGCUUCCUGACCAGCAUCCCCUACUAUUGGUGGCCCAACAUCUGGACUGAAGAUUACAUCAGCACCUCCAUGCAUCACGUGCUUAUCUGGAUCCACUGUUUCACCGUCUACUUGGUGCCCUGCUCUAUCUUCUUCAUCUUGAACUCCAUCAUUGUGUACAAGCUCAGGAGGAAGAGCAAUUUCCGUCUCCGUGGCUACUCCACAGGGAAGACGACCGCCAUCUUGUUCACCAUUACCUCCAUCUUUGCCACGCUCUGGGCCCCCCGCAUCAUCAUGAUUCUCUACCACCUCUAUGGGGCACCCAUCCAGAACCGCUGGCUGGUGCACAUCAUGUCCGACGUUGCGAACAUGCUGGCCCUUCUGAACACAGCCAUCAACUUCUUCCUCUACUGUUUCAUCAGCAAGAGGUUCCGCACCAUGGCGGCUGCCACACUCAAGGCCUUCUUCAAGUGCCAGAAGCAACCUGUCCAGUUCUACACCAAUCAUAACUUUUCCAUAACAAGUAGCCCCUGGAUCUCACCGGCCAACUCCCACUGUAUCAAGAUGCUGGUGUACCAGUAUGACAAAAAUGGCAAACCUAUAAAAGUAUCCCCGUGACCCCAUAGUUUUGGCACCCAGUGCCUGUUUCAUUCAUUUCCAGAUGGGAAGGUGGCCCGUCCUACGGCUGAACAGCUGUCCUGAAGAAUGCUCACCUGAUUUCCUGUCUCCACAGACUGAGCAACUCUCAGGCUGGCAGAAGAGAAGAAGAUGGGAGAGAAGGAAGGAAACGCAUGUGUCUUGUUUUCAUGUGUGCAUUUCUUUUCACCGAGUUGUCUUGACAACACAACAUUUCUAACAGUUUGAAAAGGCCAUAGAGGUGGCCAAAAAAGGAUGUGCAGUAGAGAAAUAGUCUGUGACUUCACCUUGGCUCCCUCUGCCAUCACUGGGACCAUUCAUUUGUGUAUGGCACCCCAAGCCACAGUAGCAAGUAGCUGAGCCCACACUCUCCUCCCAAGAGUUGAGGUCACCUAUUGCUUCCUUGUGAUGUUCCCAGCAGCUAACACUGCUGACCAUUUCUGGAUUUCCCCAAGAUGCCCUUUGUCCUAGAGAGGGUUGUUGUCUUGAAGCUGAUAUCCAAAACCUACAUGCAGAAUGACAUUAUGGGAACAGGAGAAUGGUGAAUCCCAUUCAAACUCUUUUCAGAGUGUCUGCAGAAAGACUCCAAACUAACAGACCUAUGACUUGGAGACUGAGAUGCAGUCUUUUUCUAUUUGCCAUUAUGUAUAGAUUUUAUCUGUCUCCUCCAAAACAAAGACCCUGUCUGGUACACAGGGAGGGAGAAGGGGGGAUUCUUGAGCCCAGGAAAACAAAAAAACAAACAAAUAAACAAAACCCUUUCUUGUCACUGUUUCAUUCCAUCCCUGAGUCAGCUAUAUAUCCUUUCAUUUGAGAUAGCUUCUUGUUGUGGUGCCACUGAAGCUUCUUAGAGAAGCCUUUUAUGUGUAAGUUGCCAACCCUGCCUCCUUGCUUGCCAGAGUCCUCACCAAAUGGUUUUAUUUGAAGUGACUUCCAAACCAGAUUUAAUUUUCCAGGGUCAGGAACAGUGGCUCUCCCUGUGUAAAGGGAGACUGUCCUCCCAGCUCUGCCCCACAGAGCAUCUGGCAGUGCCAUUAAGUCAUGAACGCAGUUGCAAGUGACACAGAAAGACUCCUAUGUGAUGUGCUAGUCUGCCCUCACACAUACGUGUCUCAGAGGCUUGUACCAGCUCUUGGAAAGCUCUUUAACCCAGAAUUUUGCAAGAUGGUCAAAAUAGAAUUUAUACAUCUGGUCUCC